AUGGCAGGACUCCCCGGGGCUUGGAGUGCACUUCCUUCUUACCUUAGUACUUUGUGGGCCAUCCAACGUGAGGCGCACGAAAAAUACUGGCCGGUAGUGCGAAUAGCUCCUGACUGGGUUCUCUUCACCUCAAGUCAGGCAUGGAAUGAUAUAUAUGGCUUUCAGCACGGUGAACCUGAAAUAAGCAAAGACACAUCACUCUAUAAAACCUCCAAAACACCCCACACGAUCAUUACGGCGGAUCAUGAUCCUCACCGUCUGUAUCGACGUCCACUGUCGAAAGGAUUCUCGGAGACUGCCUUAAGAGAGCAGGAGCCCCUUGAUGAGGAAACAGAAAAGGGCAUUGCACUGGAGACGACGUCGUGGUAUAAAUUAAGUCAUCUGUCUACAUUCUUCACGUUUAAUCUGAUCGGCGAACUUGCAUUUGGAGAAUCAUUCGGCUGCCUUGAGUUAUGGGCUUCACUCAUCAGCGUCUUGAUAAGAUUUGGUCCAAAGUUCUAUGAAGAGAGAGUCAUAACCAAUAACCAGCUUACACACGAGAAGGUAUAUAUAUAUGGUCCAGCGCCGAAUGGAAAAAAAUCUGGUUAUAACGACCUGAGCUUAGAUCUAUUUAAUCCCAAGUAUAACCUUCAAAGGUAUCAAAUCAACGGCAACUGCUCAACCCACAUUAUAGCCGGCAGUGAAACAACCACCGCGGCUCUUAGUGCUACUCCAUACUAUCUGAUGCAGAGCCCUGAAGCGAAGGACAACGUUAUCCAAGAGGUUCGAAACCGCUUCUCAGGUGUAGACGAAACUAACGCCAUCGGCACCGAUCAGCUCAAGUACCUACCGACCUGCUUCAGUGAAGCUGUGCGAAAGUUCCCUCCUGCCCCAUCCGUGUUUUCUGGCCGUGUUUCAAAGCUCGGGGCCAAUAUUACAGGAAAACUGAUGCCUGAGGCACACGGUGGCACGAAGAUGAUGAUUGCCACGCAAUGCAAGGUAUUCACUAUCGGGCCUUGGAACUGCCUGGGACAGAACCUUGCAAAAUUGGAGAUACGUCUUUUACUAUUUCGUUUCAUACCGGAGUUUAACUGGGAGCUCGUGGCUAGCUCUGGUUUGAAGCCACUGAGAAUCCGUCUUUCACCUGUUGUCCGCUAA